CCCGUCAUGAAGCUACCUGGUUCUGGACCACUGAUCCUCCUGUUUCUGCUCCACAUCAAAUCUUUGCUCACCAUUUCCAUCAGCAGACACUCAGGUCAGAUUUACAGCUUUUCUAGUCUCACUCGCUCUUCUGCUGUGGUGGAUCAGUCCUCCAGUCUCUGACCUCUGCACACGCUAGCUCUGAGUGUUCAACUCUUCAGAAACAUGCUCUCCAGCAGGUUCUGUCGGAGUUCAGUAUCACUCGUCCCAUCAGAACCGACUCAAAGGGGCGUUUUCUGUCAGCAUCACUGUCCACCCAGCACCGCGGACGCAGAAAGAGACACACCACGUCAUCAAACCUGCCUACUGACUCGAACAAUGUCAGGACUCAAACAGGCAUGCCUUCAUUACACCAGGAUCUGCCUUCUUCACUUUCAUCCAGCAACAGUUGGAAGGGGCGGGGUCCAGAGGCAGAAGAUGAAGCGCAGCUUUUCUACAACGUGACAGUGUUUGGUCAACAGCUCCAUCUAAGGCUCUGGCCCAACUCCCGCCUCAUUGCCCCCACUGCAACCAUGGACUGGGAGGAGUCAGGACAAUUCUACUCUGAACCAAUCCGAAACAACCACUGCUUCUACACUGGAACAGUGGCAAAUAUGGAGGACACGUCUGUCGCCAUCAGCAGCUGUGACGGGCUGGCAGGAAUGAUCCGGAUGGGGGGAGAUGAGUUUUUCAUUGAACCGUGGGACCAGUGGAGCCCAGGAGAGCAGCAGCAAGAAGAAGGAGGACAAAAGCACAUCGUUUACCGUUCCUCAGCCAUCAUCAAAAAAAAAUCUGCUGUCAGUCAGACGGAAACCUUCAAUCAAACCACAAAAGAUUUUGUCCGAGGUCCUCUCCUUGGCUCCUUAAAUUUUACCCAGACUCUGGUUCCGCCUGGCUCUGGUUCUGUUCGCCGAAGGCGGUCCACCAUGGAUGAGCAGUUCUACAUUGAGGUUCUGCUGGCCGUGGACUAUUCUCUCCUUCUGUUCCAUGGGCGUGACCACAUCCAGAAGUACCUGUUGACUCUGAUGAACAUAGUUAAUGAGAUCUAUCAGGAUCAUUCUCUGGGAGGAAACAUGAACGUGGUCCUGGUCCGAAUCAUCAUGCUCUCUGGAACAAAGUCUCAGGAGCUGAUUUCUGUUGGGAAUCCUCAGAAGAGUUUAGAGAACGUUUGUAGAUGGUCAUACCUCCAGCAGAGGGAGCAGAGUAACGCUGAGCAACACGAUCUUACCAUCUACCUGACCAAACAGGAGUUCGGCCCCUUCGGCAUGCAGGGUUAUGCUCCAGUUACUGGGAUGUGUCAGCUGCAUCGGAGUUGUGUUCUUGUUCUGGAGGACGGCUUUUCUUCAGCUUUUGUUGCUGCACAUGAAACCGGACAUGUAUUAGGGAUGGAGCAUGAUGGUGAGGCCAAUGAUUGUGAUGAAGAUGUCCCCCUGGGUAGCAUCAUGUCCCCAAGGGUCCAGGCCACAUUCUAUCGUUACCACUGGUCCAGGUGCAGCUGGAGGGAGCUCCACCAGUACCUGAACUCUUAUGACUGUCUUCGUGAUGACCCAUUCAACCAUGACUGGCCAGCUCAGCCUCAGCUACCCGGGUUUCAGUAUUCCAUGGAUCAACAGUGCCGGUUUGACUUUGGCCCGGGAUAUAGUCUGUGUACCGCAUACACGAGCCCAGACCCAUGCAAACAGCUUUGGUGCAGUGACUACAGCAACCCGUUCUUCUGCAAGACCAAGAAAAGCCCGCCACUCGAUGGGACCAAGUGUGGACCUGGGAAGCACUGCUUCAGAGGGUUCUGCAUGAAGCUAACCCUGGACUUCCUGAGGACACAUGGCAGCUGGGGGACCUGGAGUUCAUUUGACAGCUGUUCCCGAACCUGUGGGGGUGGGGUCAGAUUCCGGACCAGAAAAUGUGAUAAUCCAUCUCCAGCCAAUGGGGGGCGCACCUGCUACGGGAACAGCUAUGAGUUCCAGCUGUGCAACCAGAACCCCUGUUCCCCCCUGACAGACUUCAGGGAGGAUCAGUGUAAAGCAUGGAAUCCAUUCUUUGAACAUAAGGGAAUAAAACAUCACUGGCUCCCCUACCAACAUCCAGAUGCUGAUGAGCGCUGUCACCUCUAUUGUCAGUCUAAAGAAAUGGGAGACGUAGUGUCCAUGGACAGAAUGGUGCAUGACGGGACGCUGUGUUCUUACGAAGAUGCCCACAGUGUGUGCGUCCGAGGAGAGUGUGAGCAUGUGGGAUGUGAUGGUCAGAUUGCCUCAGACAAGCAGGAGGACCGGUGUGGAGUCUGUGGAGGAGACGACUCCACCUGCAGGAUCAUUAAGGGAAACUUCACCCGCAGCACCAAGAAACCAGGAUACCUGAAGAUCUUGGAGAUCCCUAAAGGAGCCAGACAUCUUCUUAUCCAAGAGUUCAAAGGGACUCCUCACAUCCUGGCCAUAAAGAACAAGGAGACCAAUCAUUUCUUCCUCAAUGAUGAGGACGAGCUACCUGAAUCCAGAGUGGUGAUUGAAAAGGGUGUGGUCUGGAAAUACAACAGGACUGGUGAGCAGGAGUCGGUCCAGACCAGCGGGCCACUGAAGUACGAUGCCCUACUCAUGGUCCGCUCCCAUGGCGAUUCCAAGGUGACUGUCUCCUACAAAUACAUCAUCCAGGAUGGAGUCCAGUCCUCACUGGAGUCCAACCUGCUGGAGGAGGAUUCCGUUUUGUAUGACUGGGCUCUGAGGAAAUGGUCACACUGUUCCAAACCCUGUGGAGGAGGGACUCAGUACACCAGGUUUGGCUGCAGGAGGAAAGCUGAUGGGAAAAUGGUUGAGACCAUGUACUGCUCCAACAUAAACAAGCCACGACCAAUCAGCCGCAAAUGCAAUGCUGAGAUGUGCAAGUCUCCACGCUGGGUGAGCGGAGGCUGGAAGGCCUGCAGCGCCUCCUGUGGUCAGACUGGGUGGCAGCGGCGCUGGGUGAGCUGCCAGCAGGAGUCCAGCAGUGGAAAGCAGCAGCGCUCAGUCAACAGCAGGCUCUGUGGUGAAGACCGUCCAGAAUCCAAACAAACAUGUAACCGGUUCCCCUGCCCUGCCGGCUGGAGGGCCGGGCCGUGGGCCCCGUGUUCUACCUCCUGUGGAAACGGGACUCAGGAGCGUCAGGUUGCGUGUUUACAUCCAGAGGGUUCCACUGGAAAUUGCACUGAUCCUCAACCAAUUAGAAUGCGUGUCUGCCAGGCUCCGCCCUGCAGUGGUGACCAGAAGAAUGCCAUCACCCUGUGGUUGUCCAGGUCCAACUCAAAGUUCCCAGCUUCACACACGCUGUCAAAGCAGCGUUGCCGAGGUGACCGCUCUGUGUUCUGUCGGAUGGAGGUGUUGAGUCCAUACUGCUCCGUCGCCGGCUACAGACAGAUGUGCUGCAAGUCCUGCAGCGAGAGAAACUUCAGCAGCUCGGACGACUUCAGCAACGUCAGCCGUCCAGACGUCAGGGCUCCCGGGACGGACCCCAGCAGCUCCAGCUCAUUGGACAGCAGAUAUGCCAUCAAUGAUGUCAUCAUCAGCCUUCCCCCAACCGUCACCCCCGCCCCCACUGAUAGGAGCAGCACUGACCUUGUUUAUGUGGAAUACCAGGACUACGGCGAGUUUUUAUCAUAUCUGGAUCCAUCAUCACUCCCCCCCACCCCCACCCCCACCACAACACCACCCAGAAAAACGGCUCCACCUCAUUUGUUUAAGAAGUCGGCUUCCGGAAUGCCCCUUGUUGCUGUUUCCAUGGCAACUGGGAACCAAACACCAGCAACAAUAAGAACAUCUGCCAUCCCAGACACCGUUACAUCAUCACCUGAUAACACAGCAGAGUCUUUAUCAACUUUGGCCCCGCCCCCAAAGAAGCACCCCUCCUCAGUGGGGGAGGUCCAGUACCAGAUCGUGGGAGUGAACAGUAGGUCCACUAAACAACAGCAGAACUACUUUGUGCCCCGAAGGCCGCCGUUCCACGAGCAGACACAUAACAAACGGAUUCAACAGCUCCUGAGAGAGAAGCAGAGCCAGUCGGACUGACCUGGAUGGUCUCCUGUAUCUCCUCACUCUCUGCUACUCCUAACAAACCCACUAAGGGACUGAGGAACUAUUUGUUCCUGCUGAAGGAAAGACCAGCCUGGUCUUCUGAAACCACCGGGCCCGUUCUUGUUUUCACAUUCAUGAUUUUGUACUGACUAACUCUGUUUCUGAAUAAAGCAAAGUCUCAUCCAGUU